AUGGUGCACUGGACUGCUGAGGAGAAACAGCUCAUCACCAGCAUCUGGAGCAAGGUCAAUGUGGAGGAAUGCGGAGCCGAGGCUCUGGCCAGGCUGCUCAUCGUCUACCCCUGGACCCAGAGGUUCUUUGAAUCCUUUGGCAACCUCUCCAGCCCCACUGCCAUCACUGGCAACCCCAAGGUCCGUGCUCAUGGCAAGAAAGUGCUCACCUCCUUCGGGGAGGCUGUGAAGAACCUGGAAAACCUCAAGACCACCUACUCCAAGCUGUCCGAGCUGCACUGUGAGAAGCUGCACGUGGACCCUGAGAACUUCAGGCUCCUGGGUAACAUCCUCAUCAUCGUGCUGGCCGCCCACUUCACCAAGGACUUCACUCCCUCCUGCCAGGCCACUUGGCAGAAGCUGGUCGGCGUGGUGGCCCAUGCGCUCGCCCACAAGUACCGCUAG